UCGUUUGUUUGGCUGAGAUUGAGUUGCGGUUUUUCGACUCUAGUUGCAAUAAUUGAAAAACAAAAGUAUUACCUACGUAAUUUUAAAAACAAGUACCUGUGACUUACCGUCUUAAUACUAAAGUAAAUAUGGCAAACGAUCCUGAAAGAUUUGAUUCCAUGCUCCUAGCUAUGGCACAACAGCACGAAGGCGGCGUAAAAGAUCUGCUGAACACAAUAGUUAGCUUUUUGUCUAGAAAAACUGACUUUUUCACUGGUGGCCGUGAAGGGGAAUGGGAGCAGGUAGUCAAAGAUACUUUCUACACCCAUGCUAAAAAAGCAUGUGAUGAAGCUAAUAGGAUUAAGAAAGAAAAAGAAGAAGCAGACAAGAGAUUAAAGGAGAUUCAACAAAGAAAAGAACAAGAGAGACUUGCAAAUGAUUUUGAACCUGCUACUGUAACUGAACUCACUGAUCAGGAAGCAGAGAAAUUAAAGGAAGAUAUUGAAAAGGACAAAAAUGAAAAGAAUGCAGAAGUUGGCAGUGGUGAUAGCAGUGAUGUUACUGAGCCUGCAACGCCCGAAGAGGAUGACGAUCCCAAAGAAAAGGGGAAGUUGAAACCUAAUGCCGGAAAUGGAUGUGAUCUGGAGCACUACAAAUGGACACAGACGCUGGAAGAAGUAGAGGUGAGUCAUUGGUAUUAAAUUCAGAACCAUAGA